AUGGAUGCUGAUGAUAGUCCAUUCAUGAAUAAUACGCCUUCCUCUUCGCCCACCAAAAAACCUCAAUCUACUCGUCGAGUGGGCAAAAGGCCAAUUUCGGUAUCUACAUCAUCUUCAUCGUCUUCCAUAUUAUCAUCUCCAGUUAGAAGGCCAAGAGGGCCGUAUAAUUAUACGGACCGUUUCAUGCCUAACAGGACAAAUAUGGACUUGAAUACAGUGAUAUCAAUUGGAAGCACAUCUAGUUUAGCUUAUAUUUCACCAUCGACUUCGGGAAAUCAAAUUGAACUACAACGUGAACAGCAAGCACAUAGAACUUUUGAUACAAUUCUUAAAAACGAACUUUUUGGAGAUAAACUAUCUAGCGAUGCCAAUGAUAAUGAAGAUAAUAUCGAGCGGAUUCAAUAUACCACGACAAGGAGUUUGGAAGAGCCUACCACACCACCGAAAUCCAGUGGGCCUGAUCAUAGUUCGCCACCGUUACCAUCUACACCUAGAAGACUUAAUUUUGCAAAUUCAGGAAAUUUACAGAAACCUACUUCUAACAACGUCCGAGGGGCAACAUUAUUUACAUAUCGUGAACGCAGCCUUACUAGGAAAUCCACUACGCUGAUGGUACACAAUCAGUUUUUUAAUUACUCAUCACCUAUUAGAGCUGACACGCAACGCUUACUACUUUCCCCGGGAAAAAAGCUGAGAGAGAUAGUUAAGGUCCCUUAUAGGGUUCUUGAUGCACCAGCUUUAGCCGAUGACUUUUACUACGAUUUAAUUGACUGGUCAAAUAUGGAUAUGUUAGCGGUUGCACUAGGGAAAACUGUAUUUUUAACUGAUGAUAACAGUAAUGAGGUGUUUCAAUUGUGCGAAAAUGAGCGAGAUUAUACAAGUUUAAGUUGGGUAAAUUCUGGUUCUCACCUUGCAGUGGGAUUAGAAAAUGGACUAGUAGAGCUUCAUGAUGUUAUAAAGCAGAAAUGUAUUCGGACUAUAUCUGGACACUUGGAUCGGGUAGCUUGUCUAUCGUGGAACAAUCAUAUUCUCAGCUCCGGUAGCAGGGACCAUAUGAUUUUGCAUAGAGAUGUCAGGACGCCUGAUCCCUUUUUUGAGCAAAUCGAUACCCAUACGCAGGAGGUUUGCGGUCUAAAAUGGAAUGUGGAAGAGAAUAAAUUAGCUUCUGGAGGCAACGAUAAUGUUAUAUAUGUAUAUGAUGGUGUGUCGAAAACCCCAUUGCUAAAGUUCAAUGAACAUACAGCUGCUGUAAAAGCUAUGGCUUGGUCGCCGCAUAAGCGUGCUACUUUAGCAAGUGGGGGUGGUACUGCGGAUCGAAGGUUAAAGAUAUGGAACGUCAAUACUGGUACAAAGGUGAAUGACGUAGACACUGGUUCACAGAUCUGUAAUAUGAUAUGGUCUAAAAACACAGAUGAGCUCGUGACGUCUCAUGGUUAUUCGAAGUUUAACUUAACAUUAUGGGAUUGUCCGACUCUUGAACCAUUAGCAGUUUUAAAAGGCCAUAGUUUUAGGGUUUUACAUUUAGCAUUGUCCGCGGAUGGUACUACGGUGGUAUCUGGCGCGGGUGAUGAGACAUUGAGGUAUUGGAAAUUAUUUGAAAAACGCAAGCCAGGUAGUCAGCCAGACUCUGCACUAACAGCUGCUUUUAGUAACCUGAGGUAA